GGGCCUCGGCGCCGCUACACCCCGGACUGGCAGAGCCUGGACGCGCGGCCGCUGCCGGCCUGGUUCGACGAGGCCAAGUUCGGGGUGUUCUUGCACUGGGGCGUGUUCUCGGUGCCGGCCUGGGGCAGCGAGUGGUUCUGGUGGCACUGGAAGGGCCAGGCGUCGCCGGCGUACCAGAAGUUCAUGAGCGACAACUAUCCGCCGGGCUUCAGCUACGCCGACUUCGGGCCGCAGUUCUCUGCGCGCUUCUUCGAUGCCGACGGCUGGGCCGACCUCUUCCUGGCCGCGGGGGCCAAGUAUGUUGUCCUGACAACAAAGCAUCAUGAAGGCUUCACAAACUGGCCGAGUCCUGUGUCUUGGAACUGGAAUUCUAUGGACGUGGGACCCCAUCGUGACUUGGUUGGUGAAUUGGGAACAGCCGUCCGGAAGAGGCACAUACGCUAUGGACUCUAUCACUCACUCCUAGAAUGGUUCCACCCACUGUACAUCCUGGAUAAGAAGAAUAACUGCAAAACUCAGCAUUUCGUCAAUGCAAAAACAAUGCCAGAGCUAUACGACCUGGUUACCAGGUACAAACCUGACCUGAUUUGGUCUGAUGGAGAGUGGGAAUGUCCCGAUUCUUACUGGAACUCUACUGAGUUUCUUUCUUGGCUCUACAAUGAUAGUCCAGUAAAAGACGAGGUAGUAGUGAAUGACCGAUGGGGCCAGAACUGCUCCUGCCACCAUGGAGGAUACUACAACUGUCAAGAUAAAUUCAAGCCACAGACCUUGCCGGAUCACAAGUGGGAGAUGUGCACCAGCAUAGACAAGAUGUCCUGGGGCUACCGUCGCAACAUGGUGCUAUCCAACCUUGCCAGUGAUGUGGAGAUCAUUUCAGAACUGGUCCAGACGGUGAGUUUGGGAGGCAACUAUCUUCUCAACAUUGGACCAACUAAAGAUGGACUGAUUGUUCCCAUCUUCCAAGAAAGGCUUCUUGCUGUCGGGAAGUGGCUGAGCAUCAACGGGGAGGCCAUCUACGCUUCUAAACCAUGGCGGGUGCAGUUGGAGAAGAACACGACAUCCGUCUGGUAUACUUCAAAAGAAUCCGUUGUUUAUGCCAUUUUCCUCAACUGGCCAGAAAGUGGAAUCUUAAGACUUGAGACCCCCAAAGCUACCUCAACUACACGGAUAACAAUGCUGGGAAUCCAGAAAGAGCUGAAGUGGUCCACAGACCCCACUGAUGGUCUCCUCAUUAACUUGCCCCAUGUGCCACCCUCUGCUCUCCCAGUUGCAUUUGCUUGGACUAUAAAGCUGGCAGGUGUGAAGUGAUCAUUGGGGUCCUAGAGGAGAGGACACUGCCCGCUGUUUGCUGCUUUGAAUCUCCUCUUAUAGCACCAUCGUUGUAAUAAACUACUCUUCUCUACCCA